UCGAAACAGGUGUCGACGAUACAUUCCUUCAAAUGGAAGUGGACAGUGGAUCUGCCGUUUCUAUAAUAAGCAGGCAAACAUACAGUGAGCGCUUCAAACAUAAACCGUUGUCCAAGUGUAAUUUGAAGCUCGCAGUCGUCGAUGGUGCCCGUCUGUCCGUCGCAGGUCAGAUAAUGGUUUCGGUGCAGAUGAACGGACGGCAUAUGAAAGUGCCGCUAGUCGUGCUAGAAAGUGCAAAAGAGAUCAUUCCUUUGUUCGGUAGAGAGUGGCUGGACAUUUUCUUUCCAGUGUGGCGAGAUUCGUUUAGGGGUCAACUGAUGAUAAACCACACCAACAUCAAGAAGGAAGACAGGGUUGUGGAAGACAUUAAAAGUCUCGGUUGGAGGUCGGAUUUAUACGGCACAUCGGGACCAGUUGAAACUUAAAGCCAAACCACCUAGAACAUUGGUGUGUGGGUGGAAGCCUGCCACUAGAAAACGAAGGAGAGAAGAUGAUGAAGUCGACAACAAUGUUUCUGACGAUAGCGAUUUUUAUGGUUUUGCCUCAGAUUCAUUCAUUUAUGAUCCACAGCAGCAGUCAACGAAUAUGGUCGGCAAUAGUUUGUCGAAUCCGUCCAUAGGUGGCAAUAGUUUGUCAAACCACGCUUCAGGCAAUAGUUUGUCUGCAAUUAAAUGUGCGUCAAGUAACAGUAGUUUGUUACCAUCAUCCGGCGAUUCUCAGCCGAUGAGCGCUAAUAAUUGUAUGCGAAGAGGUUCGAGUGGAGAUGGAGCGUUCGAAGAUUCAUCUAGUGUUCAGGUUUCAUCGGGCUUAAGUGUGCCAAUCGAUCAACCGAAUCAUGGGAAUCUUCAGAAAUCAUCUGGUCAUCUUCCGGAAUCACAGCCAAGGCGAUCUCGACGUAUAAAACGACAAAAGAAAAAUGAUAAUUUUUAUUACUAUUGAAUUGUAAUUUCGAAUAAUUUACUAUGUAUUGAAUUUGUAAUUUUAGUGAUUGUACAUAGAUUAAUAAUAGUGUUGAAAAGUUUUGAAAUAAUGUAAGAAAUAUCUCAAGGAGAGAGAACUGUUAUAUCAGCACUUAAAAUGUGUGCGUUCGCAGUAAAGCUGUUAUCGAUACAAGAAUAUACGAAAGCUCAGUUUUAGUUUGAGCGUGCAUGAACACACAUCUCCCUGUUCUACCUAGUAAUCCGAAAUCGUUAAGUAUAU